AUGGACUCCCCACGCCCAACAAAAAGACAACGCCUCUCAGGCACCAUCUCCCCCAUAACACCCAUCUCGCCACCAGAAGUCGAAGAUGCCACAUCAACCACCACAACAAACAGCCUCACCCUCGCCCUCCACGUCCUCCAAACCGAAGCAGCCGCCCUCGCCAACCUCACAACCCUCUACAAAACCUCCCCGCAAGCCCAACACAGCCUCCAAGAAGCCAUCACCACCAUCCUGCGCGCAAAGAAAUCCGGCGGCAAAUUAAUCCUAUGCGGCGUCGGCAAGUCCAGCUACAUCGCGCAAAAACUCACCGCGACGUGUAAAUCCCUAGGGAUCCCGUCGUCCUUCAUGCACGCCUGCGAAGCCGCGCACGGGGAUUUGGGAGAUAUCCGGAGCGAGCGAGGGGAUGUAGUGUUGUUUGUGAGUUUCAGCGGGAAGACGCCCGAGCUGUUGAAUCUUUUGCCGCAUAUCCCGCCGGAGGUGACGGUUGUGGCCAUGUCGUCGCAUUUGGAGAGGGAGGAGUGUUUGUUGUUGAGGGCACGGGAUGAGGAGAGGGGGAUUCUUUUGCCGGCGCCGAUUCCGGUCAAGGAGGAAGUGUCGUUUGGGGUUUCUGCGCCCACGACGAGUACGACGGUCGCGCUGGCGGUUGCUGAUAUGCUGGCGUUGGCUGUGGCGGAUGAGAUGCACCGGGGAAAGACGAGAGAGGUGUUUCUGAAGAAUCACCCUGGAGGCGCGAUUGGGAUCACGCACCGCGAAGUGGAAGAGGUCAAGAAGGCGAAACUGGACGUCUCGAUUGUGGAACUGCCUAGUCCGAGUAUAUCUGCCGAGAGCGAGGAUUAA